AUGGAGACAAAAUCCAACAUUCCAUCAGAGAUAUACGAAGCUAUCCUUAAUAAUUUACACGACGAUAAAGAAUCCCUCGUUAACUGUGCACUCAUCAGUCGGCAAUUCACUUAUCGCAGCCAACGUCUACUUUUUAAACGUGUCGUCCUGGAUAGUCCGUUUCAACGUAGUGACAAAGCUUCAUCGGUAUUCAGUCCUGCGGAAACAUUUCUUGAAGCGAUAAACCACUCUCCCCAUCUUUGCAGGCUGGUUGUUGAUCUCCAAAUCUCCGAUCAACGAGAGUCAUCGGAUCCGGAAUGGACUUACAGUGAGGCGAAUUCAUGGAUCAGACAAGAUCUCGCCAUAGCAAAAAUCUUGCCGCUUCUCUCUGAGCUGGAAAACUUCUCUAUCAUUGGCCAUGGAUACCUAGGCAGGCUUAAUUUCAAUUGCUGGACAGAAGAUCUGCAAUCCGCGAUUUUAUCGAAGAUACCGGCACUCCGUACUUUGACUUUGGACUGGAUUCGGAAUGUGCCGUUGCUAAUUCUUAGCAACAUUCCACACCUGGAGACUUUACAUUUCAGUAAUGUCAACUUCAACACCGACUUCCCUCCAGCCGUUGAACCCCUCAACACAACAAAGCUCACCAAUUUCUAUUAUAAUUCUCAUAGCAGUAGUGACUGGCCAACCCUCUAUCCUUGGUUACAAUCCGAGAAUUGUACUGUCAAUCUCAAACAACUUACCCAUAUUUCCAUGAUCAUUGACACACCCAUGGAGGCGACGGCAGAAGACGUACACUCAAUGUCACAGGUCUUGCGUGGAUGCGCCAAUACCUUAAAAUAUCUACAUAUCUGCUUCAGCAGUAACAUCAUUACAUCGCCGUUCUAUAACGAAAGCUUUUUGGAUCUCGGCAUUGUCCCCUUUCUCGAGACUUUGAUAAUCUCCGGGUGUAUAUGGAGUAAAUGGGACCGUAACCGUCCAAACCAUCGUGCAAAUCGUUUGCAGUUGAUCACUAACUAUCUGUCCCAAAUUUGUAGCAACAAGCUCUUAAAAAGAGCUAAGCUAGUACUCAGCAUUGAUGACUUUGCUGAGCUGUCUCUGUCUGGUUUUGAAGAUGCAGGAUGGAACGAUUUCAGCGCCAUCCUGGACACUCUAUCGAAAACAACGCACGAUUUCUCUGUCACGCUGUGGAUCUCGUUUCCGGUCUCAAAUUAUGUGAAGAACGUUCUGCAGAAACACCUGAAGCCUCUUUGUGAGAGGUCAAUUGUGUUUAUUUCCUAA